AUGGACGAACUCGACCUGGACGGCCUGGGCCCUGGACCGUUCGACAGCAAGGGCCACUACGGUUCUUCCUCAGUGCCCGGCGUCGACGACGACGACUUCCUGCCGCAGCACCACCCCGAGGACGAUGACCCCUUCGGGCUGCUGUCGGGCCAGUACGAGCUCAACCCUGAUGAGUACCUGCUGAACCAGGCUACCGGAGGAGGUGACGGUAAUGGCGUCUGGAACAGUGCCGCCGAUGACGACCCCUUUGGCGGCCCCUCCACUUCCGUUCACAGUGAUAAUCAAAACAUCGAGGACCACAGUGGUCUUUUCACUGAUAAUGACCAUCAUCUGAUGGCAUCGACGGCCAACUUUGGCGACCAAGAAGAUGAGGAGUUUGAGACGAGCAACUCGCCGCUGAAGCGCUCCCAAAGGGCUUCAGUGUCGAUGAUGAACUCCGGCGGUGAUUAUCAUCUGUCGGUGAAGCAAGAGCCCGCCGAAGACGAGGAUGAGCUGAACACUGCGGUGGCCCUUCAAAAUGAAAACACUCCAGCGGAAGCCAGCAGCAGCUCAGCAGCUCUCAACAAUGACAACAACUCCACUGAAACUCGAUCAAAAACCUCGGCACGUGAUCAGCCAGAAAACACUUCCUCCAGCACAAUUUCCACUACCACUACCACUACCACUACCACAACCUCUGAUCCAAAAGAGAAGGCACCUUCCCGGGGCACCUUCUGGGACUACGAGUGCACCGUCUGCGGGCGUGGCUUCAAGCGCCGGGUGGCGCUGGAGCAGCACCAGCAGACGGCGCAUGGCUACGGCGAG